UCGGCUCGUUUUGCGUAUAAAAACUAAAGUUGGGCCUCGAAAUAUCACAGUUCAACAAAUUCACUCAAGCAGAACAUUUCCUCCGAGCCAGGAUCUGAGACUAGAGCGUUCAUCACUGUUAGACGAUGGCUUUCAAAUUCCUAGCUGUUUUCGCCGUAUUGGCUGUGGCCAGUGCUCAACACUACGACCCUCACUACUACCAGCCUCAGUAUCAGCCUCAGUACCAGCCUCAACCAGCCCUGAUUAAAACCGUCCAGCCAGCCAUCGUCAAGACAAUCCAACCAGCUCUAGUCAAGACUGUCAAGCACAUUGAAUACCCAGAAGCCCCUGCCGAAUAUCAGUUCCAGUACUCCGUCCACGAUGAGCACACCGGCGACAUCAAGAGCCAGCAGGAGGAGCGUCACGGAGAUGAUGUCAAGGGACAGUACACUCUGAUCGACGCCGAUGGCCACCGUCGCAUUGUAGACUACACCGCCGAUGAGCACAACGGAUUCAACGCUGUCGUCCGCCGGGAGCCUCUGGAGGGUCACAAGAUUGUCAAGACCAUUGCCCCGGUAGCCAAGAUUGUUGCUCCUAUUCCUGUGGCCAAGGUUUACGCUGCUCCAGUCGCCAAGAUCGUCGCUCCUCAACACUACAGCCUCCCAGAACCUCACUAUUCUCACUACUAGACAUCAAAUCUAGGCUUGGACCUAGAAUCAGUCAUUCGUCCUCAUUAUCGAGCAAAGAUUCGCCAUACUCCUUUUCUAUAGGAUUAUCUCACUCUCACAAAUUAGUAUAAUUGAAUGUUAUUGUAAAUAAAUAAUUGAAUUGAAAAGA